AUGCUCCUCCAUGUUGCUCUAGUUUUCUUCCUUUUCUCAUCGCGCUCUUCUGCCGGCACUAGUGGUCUCGAAGUUCUGCUGAAGCUCAAGUCGGCCUUGACUGGGAACAAAGGCUCGGGCCUAGAGGAUUGGAAGGACUCUUCGUCUCCAACGGCUCAUUGCUCCUUCUCCGGAGUUUCAUGUGACGACGACUCACGGGUUGUUUCUCUCAACGUGUCUUAUACUCCUCUUUACGGUUUUCUGCCGCCGGAGAUUGGGUUACUGGACAGGCUGGUGAACCUAACGAUCUCCGGCGACAAUCUCACGGGGAGACUUCCGAAGGAGAUAGAAAAGCUCACCUCGCUCAAGAUACUCAACAUCUCUAACAACAUCUUCACCGGCAAUUUUCCUGGAAAAAUCAUUGUUGGAAUGACACAGCUCGAGGUUCUCGACACGUACAACAAUAACUUUUCUGGGCCUCUUCCGACUGAGCUGGUGAGCUUGAAAAACCUGAGACACCUUUGUCUCGGAGGGAACUACUUUUCGGGUCCAAUUCCGGAGAGUUACUCGAAGAUUCAGAGCCUCGAGUUCCUUGGCUUGAACGGAAACGCACUUAUGGGCAAAGUUCCGGCUAGUUUAGCUCGGUUAAAGAAUCUCAAACACAUGUAUUUAGGGUACUUCAACUCUUUCGAAGGGGGUAUUCCGCCGGAGCUGGGAUUGCUCAGCUCACUUCAAAUCCUUGACAUGGCGAGCUGUAACCUCCACGGCGAGAUUCCCAAGAGCCUUGGCCUUUUGAAGAACUUGGACGCGUUGUUUCUACAAGUCAACCGCCUCACAGGUCAUAUACCUCCUCAACUUUAUGGUUUGGUCCGCUUGAGACAGUUGGAUCUUUCCAUCAACGAUCUCAUUGGAGAAAUCCCAGAAAGUUUCUCACUGCUAACAAAUAUUAGCCUACUUCAUCUGUUUAAGAAUAGCCUUUACGGUCCAAUCCCUUCGUUUAUCGGAGACCUUCCGAAUCUUGAAGUGCUUCAGUUAUGGGAGAACAACUUCACCUUUGAACUUCCGGUGAACCUGGGCCGGAAUGGAAAACUCAAAGAACUUGACGUUGCUACGAACCAUCUCACAGGCUCGAUUCCUCGGGAUUUAUGCAAAGGAGGGAAGUUAUAUAUGUUGAUUUUGAUGGAAAACUUCUUUACCGGACCAAUUCCUGAGCAGCUCGCUGACUGCAAGUCGUUAACAAAAAUCCGAAUCAGCAAGAACUUACUCAACGGGACGAUUCCGGAGAGGAUUUUCAAUUUGCCGUUGGUGGGACAGAUCGAGGUCAACGACAACAACUUCUCUGGCGAGCUUCCCUCCAAAAUCUCAGCAAACGUCCUCGGAAUUCUCACGCUUUCCAACAAUAGAAUCACCGGAAAAAUCCCUCCGGCCAUCGGAAAUCUCAAAAACCUGCAAACUUUGUCCCUGGAAAUGAACAGUUUUACCGGUGAGAUUCCGGAGGAAAUCUUUCAUCUCCACUUGCUCUCGAGGAUCAACAUCAGCGCCAACAACCUUAGCGGUGAGAUCCCAUCUUCGAUAGCUCUCUGUACUUCUCUCACCUCCAGCGAUUUCAGCCGAAACAAUCUCUCCGGGGAAAUCCCAAAAGAGAUGGAUAAGUUGAAAGAUCUAAGCAUUCUUAAUCUCUCUCAUAACAGCAUCACCGGCCAUAUACCAUACGAAAUGUGCGAGUUGACAAGCCUCUUUACCUUGGACCUGUCCUACAAUAAUUUAGCGGGAAGAGUUCCUAAUUGUGCACAGUUUGUCACCUUCAAUUAUGACAGUUCGUUAGCUGGAAACCCAAAUCUCUGUUCCCCAAGCCAGGUCUCUUGCCCACUUUUGCCCAGCCAAGUUCAAGACUCGGGUCAAGCCCGCGGGAAGUUUUGCUCGCUGGUGCUCAUUGUGUUUGCUGUAGCGUUCGUCACUAUUCUGUUAUUGAUGCCACCUCGACAAAGAUGCGAAAGCAAAGGCGGUGCUGGGAUCGUCGAGUGCGGGAAGGCAAUCCCCGAACUGAAAGAAGUCCGACGUAGCCUCAUUCUUGGCACCGGUGGACCCCUUUCUUAG